AUGCGUCUCACUCUAUUGUCAGGUGUAGCCGGCGUUCUCUGCGCAGGACAGCUGACGGCGGCGCGUCCUGAUCCCAAGGGUGGGAAUCUGACGCCGUUCAUCCACAAAGAGGGCGAGCGGUCGCUCCAAGGCAUCUUGGACAAUCUCGGCGGGCGAGGCAAGAAAACACCCGGCACCGCCGCGGGGUUGUUCAUUGCCAGUCCAAACACAGAGAAUCCAGACUAUUAUUAUACAUGGACUCGUGACUCAGCUUUGACUGCCAAGUGCUUGAUCGACCUGUUCGAAGACUCUCGGGCAAAGUUUCCGAUUGACCGCAAAUACUUGGAAACAGGAAUUCGGGACUACGUGUCGUCCCAAGCAAUCCUCCAGAGUGUGUCUAAUCCUUCUGGAACCCUGAAGGAUGGCUCUGGUCUGGGUGAACCCAAGUUCGAGAUUGACCUGAAUCCCUUUUCGGGUGCUUGGGGUCGGCCUCAGCGGGAUGGCCCAGCGCUGCGAGCGACCGCUAUGAUCACCUACGCCAACUACCUGAUAUCCCAUGGUCAGAGAUCGGAUGUGUCACAGGUCAUGUGGCCGAUCAUUGCCAAUGAUCUAGCAUACGUCGGGCAAUACUGGAAUAAUACCGGAUUUGACUUGUGGGAAGAGGUGGAUGGGUCAAGCUUUUUCACGAUUGCGGUCCAGCACCGAGCCCUUGUUGAAGGCUCGCAACUGGCGAAGAAGCUCGGCAAGUCCUGCGAUGCCUGUGAUUCUCAGCCUCCCCAGAUUUUGUGCUUCCUGCAGAGUUUCUGGAACGGAAAGUACAUCACCUCCAACAUCAACACGCAAGCAAGCCGCUCUGGUAUCGACCUGGACUCUGUCCUGGGAAGCAUUCAUACCUUUGAUCCCGAAGCAGCCUGUGACGAUGCAACUUUCCAGCCUUGUUCUGCCCGCGCUUUGGCAAACCACAAGGUUUAUGUGGAUUCCUUCCGCUCUAUCUACAAGAUUAAUGCGGGCCUUGCAGAGGGAUCGGCUGCCAACGUUGGCCGCUACCCCGAGGAUGUUUACCAAGGAGGCAAUCCAUGGUAUCUCGCCACCUUAGGCGCAUCUGAAUUGCUUUACGACGCCUUGUACCAGUGGGACAGACUUGGCAAACUUGAAGUCUCGGAGACCUCGUUGUCAUUCUUCAAAGACUUUGACGCGACCGUGAAAAUUGGCUCGUACCCGAGGAACAGCAAGACCUUCAAGAGCCUGACCCAGUCCAUCAAGGCGUAUGCGGACGGGUUCAUCCAGUUGGUGCAGCAGUACACUCCUUCUAAUGGAUCUCUGGCCGAGCAAUACGAUCGCAACACGGCUACUCCUCUCUCUGCGAACGACCUGACUUGGUCAUUUGCCUCUUUCUUGACGGCCACGCAACGCCGCGAUGCCGUGGUUCCUCCCUCCUGGGGCGCAAAGUCGGCAAACAAAGUCCCAACCACUUGUUCAGCCUCCCCUGUUGUGGGUACUUAUAAGGCGCCCACGGCAACCUUCUCGUCCAAGACUAAGUGCAUCCCUGCUAAGGAUAUCGUGCCUAUCACGUUCUAUCUGAUUGAGAACACUUACUAUGGAGAGAACGUCUUCAUGAGUGGCAACAUUACUGCGCUGGGUAACUGGGACGCCAAGAAAGGCUUCCCACUCACCGCAAACCUCUACACGCAAGAUCAAAACUUGUGGUUCGCCAGUGUCGAGUUCAUCCCAGCAGGCACACCCUUUGAGUACAAGUACUACAAGGUCGAGCCCAAUGGCGAUAUUACUUGGGAGAAGGGCCCCAACCGGGUAUUCGUCGCUCCCACGGGAUGCCCAGUUCAGCCUCACUCCAACGACGUGUGGCAGUCUUGA